UCGAAGCGACUACUCGCGAUUCACAGAGUUGUGUAUAUACGCGGAGCGAGCGGCACGCACCGUCCAGCUGAUUCUGACACACGCUCCGCCACUUUGUGAGAAGGACAAACGAGCAAGACGAAAAGUAGGAAGAGAGGAACAGUUGCACAGUGCGGAUCAAAACCUGGACCUUUGAUUCUUUUCUACUAGCUCUACCCAGUCCAAGUGGAAGGUACACCGAUACCGAUCGUCUCAGGGAGGGUUUCCAAAAUCCCUCCCAUCUACGAACGUCCAAAAGCCAGCAACAUUUCAGUGGAGGAGGGAGGUGUUCUUAACGUAUCAAAAUCAUGCAACCGUCAGCAGCUUCCGUUAUCUGUUACUCGUGGCGUGAGAUCGCGGCCACUGGGAGAUGCCACCUCGACGAAGGUGGAGACAGUUCCUCUGCUAAGCCCGACGAUGGAGACCGAGUUUUUGAAGGAGCCGUGGGUAUUCCCGCGCACAAAGACAAAUUCUACAAUGAAAGAAGAGGACAUCGCGGCACUCUCCGCCUGGGAAGAGGACUUUCAGGAUCUGAGCAGUUGGUGCAUGGACCCGUUCCAGGGUCAAUGCGAUUUUCGUAUAGGUGAAUCGACUACGUUUAAACUAUCAGGUACGAAAUACGAGGGUAACGGCGUUUUGAUUGCGAAAGAGGAAGAAUUGUUAAAGGAUUUGACGAGAACGACUGAUGAUAAGAAGUUGGAUUUGAAAAUGGAUACCGUUAAGACGACUAAAGAGUCAAGUGACAGUUGUCACUUGCUGCUAUCUCCAUCGGAACUCGUUAACGAACGCGGUUUAGGAUAUAAUAAAGAUGAGAACAAUGCGUCCAGCUCGUGGUUAAUGUCACCCGAAUCUACAGCUUCUAAAAGCACCUCGUCAAGCAAACAACAUGACGCAGACACUAGCGCUUCAUUACAAUCCAAGGAUCACGAUUUGGAUUACGCCAGUCCGAUACCCUUCGACAAUGGCGCGAGUCAACGCGACACGUGGGAUGAGCUACAUACGAUCGAGACAACUGGAUCGAAUACUUUUGACCUACUGUCGUACCUUUGGGAGGAUGAAAUGCGUACGAUAGAGGGCAACGCGUCUACAGAUUCCUCGACGUUGUUGAAAGUCAGACCGAGCGCAACAACAUCGUCGUCUGCACCACCGUUUACCUCUACAAAGGUAAAGACGGAGGAGAUUAACGAGCCGACGCCGCCUCCGCCGACGCGCCGAAGAAUGGAGACCCGCGCGACAUCGACAAUGACCUCGUCCACGGCGAAGUCUCCCGUGGUGUCGUCUCGAAGAUCCGAGAGGACGAGAACAGCGAGCACUAAAAGCAAAGAAAGAGAAAGAGCAGCUGUUAUCAAUAUAAAAGCGAAUAUUAAGAAUGGAAGUAAAAGAUAUUACGAGAGCGAUUCCGAGGACGACGAUGUCGCUCUCGCCCAAUACAGGGAAUGCCGUGAGAAGAAUAAUGAGGCGUCGCGAAGAUCGCGGAUGAACAAGAAAGCGAAAGAAUCGGAAAUGGCCGAAAGGGCGACCGAGCUGGAGAGGGACAACAAGAUACUAAAGAUGAAGGUCGAGGAGUUGGAGAAGCUGGUGACGUCAAUGCGCAACGCGUUAUUACGAUCUGCUUUAAAGAAGGAAUUUUAAGUACGCGUUAUUUAAUAUCUAGACGUUCUCACGACCCGUCGCGCAUAAUCUAAUAAACCACAUUUGUUGCGUCUUUUCGUUAUGUCAUGCAUGCGUCCAUUAUUACGCGAUGUCUUUUAGCACGAAGAAAUUAUGUGAACUUUAACGUAUUUGCCUUAAUUGUCUUAAUGUGGGGUUAAAAGCGUUCUCAAAGGCUUAUUACUAUCGUUAUUUUUUUUAUAUCGUUUUAUUCGAGACACAUAUUUUUAUUAAACUCAUCCCGCGAGUAUCUAUAUCGUUACACAAUUUAAUUGUCCCGACUAAACUAAUCGUGGACUAGUGAUAGUGAUUAAUUGUAUGCUGCUGCAAUGCGUGUUAAAAAUGUUUAAAAAAAUGCGAAGUUCGGCUUACUGUAUAUCGGUAUGCUGAAAUAUAUAUUCUAUUAAACAAAAAUUUAUUUUGUUAUAACGAGAGAGAGGGAAAGAGACAAAAUAGAAACACCGAAAUUAGAACAUGUUUUGCGUAAUGAAAUCACAUACACAACACACACACACACACACACACACAUACGAAGAAUUUUUUUGAAAUUCACUCUUGAAAUUCUAGAAAUUGUGGGACAUUGUACUUUCUAUAAAAUUUAAUCAAGCUAUUUUAUCGUACAAUAUAAAAUAGUGGUUAGAUUUUAUUAAAAAUUUACUAGAUUUUACUUAUAUCUACACUUAUAUUAAAGUUCUUCGAAGUCUGUGUUGUCCUACGAUUAUCAUGAUUUUGAGAGUAAAUUUUAAGAGUAAAUUCUCGGUAUGCGUAUACACACAUAUAUAUAUUCUAUAAGUUAUUUUGUGUAUAAGGGGUACGACACGAACGAAGAAUAAUGGUAAUAUCGCUAUCGAGAAGAUUUUAAUCCGAACAAAAUCACACAAUCAUAUUUUGUUCAGCCUUGUAUUGUACCUGAUACGAAAAAAGAAUAGUAAAAAGAGCAUGCAUGUAGAAUCCUGUCGCAGAGAGAAGCGUGUAUAAUUGGUGAUACAGUUUUUCUACUACUUGGUGUGGAUUCAACGAUAUUGCGAGUUGUAAUAUUGCGACUACGCUGUAAAAACAAAAUCCAAUAAAAAUCUUUAUUUUGAAAAAUCAA